AUGGUUUACAGACGCAAGAAGCAUCACAAAGAAAACCUACACAUAAAGAAGGCUCACAGGACAAAAAGACGCACGAAGGAUCUCGAUGAGAUCGACGCGGAUUUGAAGGAGGAAAAUGCGAUAAAGUUAAUAAACCAAGAGGUGGACUUCGACAAGCCAGGAGCGGCCCAGAAUUACUGCAUUCAUUGCGCACGGUAUUUCGUCGAUCAAAAAGCUCUGCACGACCAUUUUAAAACGAAAGUGCACAAGCGACGACUAAAAGCACUGGAGGAAGAGCCGUACACUGUCGAAGAUUCAGAGAGAGCUGCGGGAAAAGGUAACUUUGUGCAACCGAAGAAACGCAAGAUUGAAACCAUAGCCAGUGAAGAGGACAUCAACAAAGAAGCUAAAGUUAUGAAAGUUGACGAUGAGGCUGAAUAG